CCCUCUUUGCACCUUACACAAUCUCUCUCCAUAACCAGCUGAAAUCAAAGUUACACAUGGUCUACACUAUUCCAUUUUAUUAACAACCUCUACACCAUCUUCUUCUUUCAAUCCAUACAACAAUGGGAAUUGUUUCUAUCCUACACACAGUUUUCGGUGUUUUUGGAGAUGCAACCGGACUCUUCCUCUUUUUAGCACCAACGAUUACGUUUAGGCGGAUUUUGAAGAACAAAUCAACAGAAGAAUUCUCAGGGAUUCCGUACCCCAUGACCUUGCUUAACUGCUUACUCUCUGCUUGGUAUGGAUUGCCAUUCAUAUCGGAAAACAACACACUGGUGACGGUUAUCAACGGCACUGGGGCCGCAAUUGAGGCUGUUUACGUGUUGAUUUUUCUUAUAUAUGCACCGAAGAAGGAGAAGGCGAAGGUGUUCGGGUUGGCUAUCUUCGUCCUCGCCGCCUUCUCCACCGUCGCUGUUGUUUCUGUUGCCGCUCUUCACGGCAAGACCCGACGCUACUUCUGCGGGUUCGCGGCUGCCGUGUUCUCGGUUAUCAUGUAUGGCUCACCCCUCUCAAUCAUGAGGACAGUGAUCAGGACGAAGAGCGUGGAAUUCAUGCCGUUUUUCCUAUCUCUAUUCGUAUUCUUGUGUGGUACUUCAUGGUUCAUAUUCGGUCUCCUCGGAAACGACCCUUUCGUCUACGUAUGCAACGGAUUCGGAAGCGUAUUGGGAGCACUACAGCUGAUUCUGUAUGCAAUAUACAGAAAUAACAAGGGCGAAAAGGGUGGAAAGCCCGCAGCGACAAAAGACGGCGGUUCAACUAUGGAGAUGGGGUUGCGUAACGGGAACGAACACCUGGAGAGAGGGAAAACCAUAGCGGUGUUACCAACGGCAAACGAUGGAUUGUAGAGUUAUCUUAUUAUUCCUGUGGUUUUAAAUGUUAUUUUAUGUUAAGGGGGCCGUUGGGGGUGAAGAUUGCUUCAUCAUCAUAUUUGUUGCAACGCAAAAAUUUAUGCAAGUUAUUUAAACCUGCUCUAUGUCAAUAUUUAUGUUCAUAAGGGACUGAUCGAAAGUU